AUGUCUCAAGGAUUCUGGGUUUUAGUGGAGUGGGUGGAUGAAAGAAAUGUUUUCUCAAAUUAUGGUGUGGUGAGCGGGUCAUCAUUAAUUGGCGAUACUGAAAUACAUGCUGGGAAGGUUGUUCUUGUACGAGACAGGCAUAGCGGUAUCGCGAAGAGAGGCCAGGUACUGCGGAUCUCAGAUACAAAGCGUCAUUUAAAGGAAAUGAAAGUAAUGUUAGAACGGCAAGAUAAUCAAGUGAAAAGUGUGCUAUCACUAUGUAUGAAUACCAUCAAAGAAAUGAAGACUAGGACAAUGUUUCCGCCUCAACUCAAUCAAAGUGGCCACGUAUUACAAGAAAGAAAUGAAAUUGACAGCAGUGAUAGUGAAACAGAUCCAGAGGUGAAUCCAGAAUUAAACUUCAGCCAAUCAUCCAUAAAGAUUAAUCAGGCUAAUCAUCCGGAAUUUAUGAACAAUCAAUUGAUUCGUAAACUUUACGAAAGGACAUUAAACCGUCGAUCGAUGGCAAGCAGUACACCUAUACCUCAAAAGAUCGUCGAACCUAAACUAACCUUUGACCAGGCAACCCAAACCGAAGCAGUUUUACCAACACCGGAAAAAAUCACGGAACUAGAAGCCUUAGUACACACUCUACAUAGACAAUUCCUGAAUUUGACUUCUAAUCUAGAAAACAUUCAAGCACAAUCUGCCCUUUCUGAGGAUUACUGUGAAGUUGAAAAUGGUGAGAUAAGAGAAGCAAAUGAAACCCAUAGUUCGUCAAGUGGAAAUCAAGACAUCAAUAUCAAGGGUCUAAUGGUUAGAAGGGCAUCUGCGCAGACAACGAAUACAACCGUGGAGGUUGCUGCAUCGCAUAGUGUUGAUAAAAUGGUGGGUAUCGGAAGUGGCAAUGUAAUGGUACCAGCCCGAAUUUUGGAUGAAAUAGAUUGGACUUCGUACUCAUCCGCAACGCGGCAAUUAUUGCAAGCUGUAUUUCCAAGAAGAGUACUAGCAACCCACUCGUUGACUGGCAAACAGUCACCUGCAUUUGCCGAUAAACCAGCGAAGAAAUGUUUAGACCCAGCUGUGGUAGAUGACAUCGUCAACACGGUUUCUGAAAGAUGCGGUGUUCCAAAGGGCGUUAUUAGGGGUUGCAUCACAACCAAGUGUACCGACGAAGCAAAACUUUAUCGCAAUCGUCAAAUGUUCAAAAAGAUACGCCAACAACAGCACCAAGAGAACAAUCCACCGUGUCCAGCCUCAUCUAAUGAAGCUCCCAACGUUAGGGAGUGA